UUAAGCUCAAUCUAGUCUAGUUCCCAUUACAACCAUGGUGACUCCAAAAAUUCAUGCAGCCAUACUAGCCAGUCCUGGCAUGGGACACUUAAUUCCCACCAUAGAAUUAGGCAAACGUCUUGCUACUAAUCAUGGUUUCGAAGUCACCAUCUUCGUCAUCACCGCCACCACCACAGUCAGUUCAUCAAACUCAGACACAACAAAAUCAAAUAUACUUCAACAAACAUCCAACCUUAAUAGCCUCAAGUCCCUCAACAUCAUUGUAACACCAUCCGUCGAUGUCUCCGACAAACUUGAUCCAAACAAACCAAACUUAGGUCAAAGAAUUACUUUAACUAUGAUUGAAUCCCUUCCAUUUAUUCGAUCUCAAAUAUUAUCCAUGAAAUUUUCUCCAUCAGUUCUUAUUGUGGACAUUUUUGGUACUACAGCUUUACCCAUGGGACGUGAUCUUCACAUGUCUAGUUAUGUUUUCUUUUCUACCAAUGCUUGGUUCACCGCUGUUUGCAUUUACUUUCCUUUCAUCACAAAAGAAGCGUUAUUAAGACACGCUAAUAAUCACAAACCACUUUUGAUUCCGGGUUGCGAACCGGUUCAGUUUGAGGAUACGCUAGAAAUCUUAGUUCCUCCGUACGAGCCUAUUCACGAAGCUGUUGUUAACUUGACAAGAGAUAUAUUAUCCGCUAAUGGGAUUUUGAUUAACACGUGGCAAGAUCUGGAGCCAGCAGCUACUAAGGCUGUUAUUGAACAUGAGAUUUUUGGACAAUUUACUAAAGGACCGGUGUAUCCCAUUGGACCACUUGUGAGAAAUGUAGAACCGGAGGAGAAGAGGGAGGGUGAGAAUUUAAUUUUAAGUUGGCUUGACGAACAACCGGCUGAGUCAGUGAUUUUCUUGUCCUUUGGAAGUGGUGGGACGAUUUCGAAAUGUCAGAUGACCGAGUUAGCUUACGGGUUAGAGUUGAGUAAGCAGAGGUUUAUUUGGGUGGUGCGGCAGCCCACCGAGGGGGAUGCAUCUGCAUCAUUUUUUGAAGCAAAGGAUUGUGAUGGAUUACCGAUAAUUAAUUACCUGCCGGAUGGGUUUGUGAGUAGGACAAAGGAUGUGGGGAUUUGUGUCACCAUGUGGGCCCCACAAGCUGAGAUAUUGAAACAUCCUGGGAUAGGUGGUUUUGUGACACAUUGCGGUUGGAAUUCUGUGCUUGAGAGUAUCCUCAAUGGAGUUCCGAUGGUUGCUUGGCCACUUUAUGCAGAACAGAAGAUGAAUGCCACUAUGUUGUCAAAGGAGCUAAGGGUAGCGGUGAAGGCGACUCCGACAGAGGAAGGAGGAGUAGUUUGUAGGAAACAGAUAGCAGAUCUAAUUCGUAGAGUGAUGGUGGAUGAAGAAGGUAUAGCCAUGCGGGUUAAAGUUAAAGAUUAUAAGCUAAGUGGAGAAAAAGCUCUGUCUGUAUGUGGUUCUUCUCACGAGUCGCUUUAUCAGAUGACAAAAGAUUGUGUAUUUCAUAUGCACCAACAGAGUUCUGAGGCAAAAUCACAGGGUGCUUAGACGAUAAUUAAGUCACGCGUUUUUUUUGUUGCUAAUAUGAGUUUUUGUAAGUCUUUGUCAAAUAGUGUGUAUGAAGCUUAGGCACUGUUAUAAUUGGUUGGUGUUCAACGUUCUAAUAUUGAUAUUUUACUCCA